CUGCAGUAAGCAAGCAAUUUUAUAACCAAACCAUACAGAUUCUGAAUCAUGUUUGACCCCAAUGUGAAGUACCAGCCAUGCAGUACCAAAGACACACCAGAAGGUGGUCACAUCGUCAUGGCAGAGAAGAAUUCCCAUACUGCUGUGCAGAUGAUGGAACCAGUAAUAAAUGGUCUUCAUGUAUCAGAUAAUCCAAAAAGGAAACUACAAGGAGCCACACUAACAUUCCACAACAUCAACUACACAGUGAAAAUAAAGAGCGGUCUUAUUUGUUGUCGAAAAGUUGUAGAGAGACAGAUUCUAACAGAUGUCAAUGGAAUAAAACUGCCGCUUGUAAAUGGCAGAUUGGGGAUAUCUGCUGCUGGAAAAAGCCAGCUACUGGAUGUACUUGCUGCUCGAAAAGAUCCACAUGGCCUCUCUGGUGAGGUUCUAAUAGAUGGGAAGCCACAGCCCCCCAACUUCAAGUGCUUAUCUGGUUAUGUAGUGCAGGAUGAUGUUGUGAUGGGUACGUUGACUGUGAGAGAGAAUCUUCAGUUUUCUGCAGCUUUGAGAUUACCCAGGUCCCUGAGACAAAAGGAGAAGGAUGAGCGUAUCAAUCAGAUCAUCAAAGAACUCGGACUGACCAAAGUGGCCGAUGCAAAGGUUGGCACUCAGCUGAUUCGUGGUGUGUCUGGAGGAGAGAGGAAGAGAACAAAUAUUGGUAUGGAGCUCAUUACCGACCCAGGGAUUUUAUUCUUAGAUGAGCCAACCACUGGUUUGGAUGCUAGCACUGCCAAUGCUGUUCUGUUGCUGCUGAAAAGGAUGGCAAGGCAAGGCAAGACCAUCAUAUUUUCUAUACAUCAGCCUCGCUAUUCCAUCUUUAGACUGUUUGACAGUCUCACGCUACUGGCUGCAGGAAGAACACUGUACCAUGGGCCUUCUGACCGUGCACUGGAGUACUUUACACAACUAGGCUAUGAAUGUGAGGCUCAUAACAACCCUGCUGACUUCUUCCUGGACGUUAUCAAUGGAGACUCGACAGCUGUUGCUUUUAACAAAAUGGAGGACGUUGAUCUAGAAGUCAAUGAUGGUGGCUCCCAAACAGUUGUGGAAAAAUUAUCUGGUGAGUUCUGCAAUACCACAUAUUACAAAGAGACCAUCGCAGAGCUGCAGAAAUUGUCCAUCGGUGAAAAAGUGAAGACCAAUUUCUUGAACCGACAGAUCACUUACAACACUUCGUUCUUUCACCAGCUGAAGUGGGUUUCUAAAAGAUCCUUUAAAAACCUCAUUAGAAAUCCACAAGCGUCCGUAGCCCAGGUAAUGGUCAGUACUGUUCUUGCCUUGAUUGUCGGUGCUAUUUUCUUUGGUGUAAAUGAUGACCAAAACGGAAUACAAAACAGAGUUGGGUCCUUGUUCUUCAUCACUACAAAUCAGUGUUUCAGCAGUGUGUCAGCGAUUGAACUCUUCAUUGUGGAGAAGAAGAUAUUUAUACAUGAAUACAUCAGCGGCUACUACAGGCUAUCAUCGUACUUUUGCUCCAAGUUGAUAGCAGACCUACUUCCCAUGAGGACAAUGCCAAGCAUUAUUUUUACCUGCAUUAUCUACUUUAUGAUUGGAUUUAAACCUACAGCAGGAUCUUUCUUCAUUAUGAUGUUCACCUUGACGAUGAUCUCCUACACUGCUACAUCCAUGGCUCUGGCUAUUGCUGCUGGUCAAGAUGUUGUAGCUGUCGCUAACCUACUUAUGACCAUAAGCUUUGUCUUCAUGAUUAUCUUUUCAGGCUUGCUUGUGAAUGUGACUUCUGUGGUGGAUUGGCUGUCCUGGCUGAAGUACUUCAGUAUUCCUCGAUAUGGCCUUACCGCUCUACAAGCCAACGAAUUCCCAGGACUACUGUUUUGCAGAAACAGCACCACUAUUCCUUGCAAUGCAAGCAGCCCCCUGCUCAUAACCACGGGAGAAGAUUAUCUUAAUAAUCAGGGCAUCCCCACCGACGCCUGGGGCUUGUGGCAGAAUCAUCUGGCACUGGCUAUAAUGACACUUAUAUUUCUCACAAUCGCCUACCUGAAGCUGAGUUUCAUGAAGAAACUUACCUGAGCAGGAGCAGAGCCGCACUUUCUAUUGCCACUGCUUGUAGAUGUGUAUAUGUAAAUAUGUUCUAUAGUUUGAAUCACCAAGUGACCUCUUAAUCAGAAUGUGUGAAACACAGUUAGGAUGAGAAAAGCAG